AUGUCUACUUGGACGGUUGAUCCCACUGUUCGUCGCAAGUUGCUCGCGAUUCAAAGGCAAGGCGAGAACAAGCGAUGCUUUGAAUGUGGCGCGGCGAAUCCGCAGUGGGCAUCUCCCAAAUAUGGCAUAUUCAUCUGCCUGGAAUGCGCUGGAAUCCACCGCGGACUCGGCGUCCAGCUGUCGUUCGUCCGCUCGGUUACAAUGGACCAGUUCAAGCCUGAAGAAGUCAAGUCCAUGGAAAUCGGAGGCAAUGAGAAGGCACGCAUCUUUUUUGAGGAAAAUGGAGUCACCAAAGCCAUAUCCAUCCAAAACAAGUAUGCUUCCACCGUCGCGGAGGAUUACAGGGAAAAGCUAGCAGCUGAGGUUGCUGGUGAGCCCUGGACCCGGCGUGAUAGACCUGUUGUCAUUGGCCAUGACGACUCUCCUGCUGUCACUCGUGGGAGCCGGAUCCCUGGUGGCACCGGGCCCGCUCAGCCCUCACCAAAGUCUGGCUCUUCCCGCUCAAGCACACCACGGAGUGCGCAUCCUAGUUUCAGCAGCGCUAGCACCAAGGCCAAGAAUGCCCAAUACUUUGAAUCACUUGGGCAGGAAAAUGCUAACCGUCCUGAAGACCUCCAUCCCUCCCAGGGAGGUAAAUACACUGGCUUUGGCUCCAGCCCAGCCAAUUCCACCCAGAAUACUAAUAAUAGUUCCAGCUCCAGUAGUUGGGGCUGGUUCUCCUCUACAUUUACUCAAACUGUAGUGGACACCUCUCGUUUCGUCACCCAGACAGUAUCUGAGACUACCGAGAACUACAUCCGCCCUGGAAUGCGUAAUUUUGCCGAGUCAGAUUUAGGGACCAAUGCUCGCAAGGCUUUUGAACAGUUUGGGCGUCGCGUUCAGGAGACAUCUGCUACUCUUGCUAACGAAAUCCAAGGCAGUGGUACACCCAAGGGCUCACAAUACGCUAGCUUGUUCGACCAGAUGUCAACUCUCUCCAUGGAAGAGAGCUCUGCUCUUAUUAUGGACGAUAAUGACCACGAAUCACACACAAGUACGCAUUCCUCAGUUUCUACUUCAACAGGACAAAAAUCGAUCGAAAGCGAAAGACCUGUGGAAAUCGAUCUCCCGGGUCGUUCGUCUACCCGUACACCCAAGCAACCAAAACCUACCAAAUCACCUACCUCAUCAUUGGGCUCUCCUGUGGACGAAACAAACUUUCCUGAGAAGAUCCCUGCUCCGGCGGCCAGAAAGCCCUCGCGUCUCAUCAAGAAGGUCUCUCCUAAUUUGCACUCGCCAGCAGCACGCUCUCCAGCAGCACGUUCUCCAGCAGCACGUUCUCCAGAACUACUAACCACAUCCAUUAAGCCUACUCCGACUGUAGCUGCUAAAACAAAGGUAGACAUUGAGCCCAAAGCGGGAGCUACAGAGAAAGACUCUUUGAUCGACGAGGACUGGGGAGAAGACUGGUGA